UCAGAAAUUGUGACGUCAUUUGACUUUAAAUGUCGUCAUAUGUAUGACGCUUAACAAAAGUCUAUUCACUAUAAAAUGCUUAGGGUCGGAUUGUAGAGCCACAUUUCACAACCAGUGCCAGGAUCACCAGAGGGAUGUUUUUCUCUAUAAUGAGCCCUCCACCAAACCUCCUGCGAUCUAACGUUGAACCAGACAAAAAGUAAGUGCAAAAUAGGAACAGUUAAAUUGUUUACAUAGAAAAAGUUUCAAAUCUAAACAAAUUUUGAAAUUUUUCUUAGAAAUUUAUUUAAUUUAAAAUUUAUUAUUUUUAGCCAAUGCGGAUAUGGAGCCUCUCCUGUUCCUGCAGACGGGUUGAAUCUGUUGUUGGCCAUGCAUCGGUUUUUCACCUUUCCAACGCAUUUACUUCACGAAUUCUUAAUCAACCUCAUCACACUGGCGGAACUAGGCCUCUUCUACGUAAAAGAAGACGUGGGAGAAUUUUUGAGUUGCAAAUUUUGCCCAUUCAGAAUUCAUCCUGAGGAUUUUCCCCAAUAUUUCGCCAACGGACCGGAAAAUGCAAGAGAUAUUAUCAUCAGGGAGCAGCAAAAAUCAAAUUGUAAAAUUUGCCACGUGAAUUCAAGAAAUGUGCCGAUGGGAAAUGUCACCUGCGGGCUGAAUUACAAAUUCGAAGCGCACCGCCUGUACUCGCUGCUGAAAAAGGAUGACUGGCAGCACGUCGAACCAUCUGCUCUAGCGAAAAGUGGAUUUUACUACACUGGAGACGGCGACAACGUCAGAUGUGCUUUUUGCAAUUUAGAAGUGCGCGGCUGGGAAGAAGGAGACACGCCUGACAGAGAGCACACGCGUUGGAAUCCAGACUGCCCGUUUUUGUUGCGAGAUCGCAACAUCAUCAAUAUUGCCAUAGGGCAGGAAGAGACCGACAUCAAACACGAUCACAUAUCAGCGAGGAUCAAUAUUGGCGUCAAUCCGUUCGUGCCGCAGGAAAAACAAUUGGAAAAAUACGGGCCAAACAUUCAAUUAGUAAAUUUAAGCAACAGUUUCCUUGUGACCCCUCGCGACUUGAAUAUUCAAGAUUGGUCUAAGCCUGUAAACCCAAAUUUCGCUACAUUAACUAGUCGCAUUGGCUCGUUCAAACGUUUCUGGCCCAAAAGUUUGAAGCAAACGCCUCUUGAAAUGGCCCAAGCCGGUUUUUAUCACACAGGAAUAGCAGAUCAAGCAAUAUGUUUUCAUUGUAAUUUGGGUUUGAGAGAUUGGGUCGUGGACGACGACCCCCUUGUCCAACACUGUAAAUGGAACUCAAAUUGUCAAUAUCUAAUCAUGUGCAAAGGCGCUAACUACGUGGAACAAGUGCUGCACGUCAUGAAAACGGACGAAAAAACAAUGAGUAAAAGAAAGAGCGAUGGCGAUAUUCACUGCCUCAAAUGCGGUAUGAACAACGUGUCCAAAGUUAAUUUACCGUGUGGACACAUGACACUUUGUAAUGAUUGCUCUGCUGAUCACUUUUGCAGGGACUGUGGUGGGGAAACUAUUGCACAAGUCAAAGUUCCAGGCUUUUCUUAAAGCUAUUCCAAAGAGGACCAUGUCUAUUGAUCCUCUUCAGUCUCACAGCAUAGGUCGAAGCAAAUUAAAGAAUUUGUCUGAGAAUAAGACAAACUUACAGAAUUGCA